GGUUUGCAUAAGAGCGACAGGCCUCAUCGACAGCAUAGCCAGUUAUUUCUACCGCACCGCUCAAUUUCUUCGUUUUUCAGUACAGUUUGCACUAUGAACCUUCGUUCGGGGUCUUCAAUCGACCCCUUGCCGCUGCAAGUAUCUAGGGUUUUCUUUAAUCGUGAAGAACAUAGUAUGGAGACGUCUGUCGCUAUUGCUGCACCUGCGUUGACAAGGGUCCCCAUCGAAAUAUGGGAGCAAAUAUUCGGACUCAUCGCGUCUCCUUGCAAGAUCCAGCUCAACCCAGCCUACGGGUGGGGCUUCUCUCCUCCUUAUCGCGAAGCUCUAUGCAUGGCCCAAACACUUAAUCUUGUAUGCCGUGGGUGGCGUACUGUCUCUCUUCGAUACGCCUACUCCAGUGUAAGUAGUCUUUGGCUCUCUGAGCCAGCUCCCGCGAUUUCUCGAAACGCUCCGAUCGAACCCGAAGACGAUCUGCCCCAUCAUCACCAGUAUCUCCACUCACUUUUCCAUUCCCAUAGGCGCCUCCAACGUUGUUCGUCAAUGCCUUGGCGAAAUCAUGAGCCGUUGUCUAUGGCUUCAAGAAUUGACCAUUGUCAUCGAUGAUUUUCCACGCUGCGAAAUUCCUUCGUGGGAAAAUUGGGUGGCCCGUGUAGCAGCACAAAUCUCCAGCCUACGCCUCGACCUACGCCGCGCAGCAGUCCUCACGGACAGCUCUACGUUGAAAGCUUUAAAGCUGUCCAAAAAUCUCGUCUCGCUCUCCUUAUCAUUCCCACCAAAUUAUGGAUCGGGUACGCCCUGGGAACCUACCAAUGAAGAGCCCUACACCCUAGACUUUCCCCAGCUACGCGAGUUACAGUACUUCCUCUGGACUCGACAAUACGCUGAGGCGCUGGAGAUCUUCGCACAGUCCAUCUCUGCCCCAAAGCUGGAGGCUCUCACUCUCUGUCUCGUUCAGAGGGGCAGGAUCGACAUCGAAUACAAAGAAAUUUCGAGCUCUAUCCUCGUCACACUAUCUUUCUUGGGCGACUCCCUUCGCUAUCUGCACCUCGCCCAUCAGUCCGGCCGAACGAUCACUCUUGAAGACGACCAAGAAUGGCGACAAAUUUGGGACUGGACGUCUCUCUGGUCGAACGACCGUUUUCAAGCUCUCGUCAAUCUCUGCCCCUACCUUGAACACUUCGUUGCCCCGCUCCCACCAGACUCGGCGCUCAUCGGCAUUCGUCAUCAUCCGACUCUGCGAUACAUAGACGCAUGGGUCCCACCAUUUGACAUCGACAACUCUCUUCAGACGCCUGUCUGUCUUGUUCCGGACGUGAAUGCGUUUCCUUUCCUUCGAAGGUGCAGGCACCUCGACGCGUCGCUCAACGUCUUUAUGGACCUUCCGACGAUAUUCCCUCCCCGUGAUCCUACGACCGCCGACGAUCGCCUCGUGCAGUGGACCACUGCUGGCUCCGUCAAGGUCCUCGAAUCAGAUUGCUACAUUGCACCGCCUGCAGCACGCGUCUAUAAUCUUCACUCAAAUCGACCAGCCCUUGAUGCUUAUCGAACCCGGAGCGAUAGAGAGAUCGACGAGGGUGAUGUCAGUAGUGACAGUGAAAGCGGAGGGGAUAUUGCGUCGGACGAGCCAAUGCAGGUGGAUUCAGAGCAGCUGUCUGCGAUUGACUCUGACGAAAGUGACGACGACCGGUAUAUCCCGGAUGAUGAGUCAAACUAUUCCGGUUCUUCAGAAUAUUGGUCGGACGAAGGGGGACUGGAUGGCAUCGGAGCUGAGGGGACAGUGUUGGAUACAGAUGUGCGCCCAGCUACAGAAGCGGACACAAUCAUGGCGAGCACCACUAUAAUCCCAGGGUAUUUCGGGCAGGUAUUGGCUGAUCUUGGCUUGGAUUAGACCAUGGCUACGUGCGACUCUAUUGGCUGGAUGCGUCCGAUAUAAUGGUGGUUUCUGUCAGGUCGAACUAUUAUUCACAACUACAAUCCUUCCUGUACUU